AGCGUGUCCAUCCAGGCCGGCAUCGUCUUCUCCUUUUGCCUUUCCCCAAGUCCACAGUGCGCGGAAUGGAGGUUUUUCAGGCACCCUCGAUAUUGUGUUAGGGUUUCUGUGAAUUGUAUCCUGCUGUGUGGUGUGGUGUGGCGUUGGUGUGGAGGGAUGAUCCGGAGCCAUCGGAAUUUAUCAACUCAGAUUGGCUGUGAAGCUAGGCUUUGGAUGUUGUGGGGAUAGUUGGAAUUUUUGCAGACCGUGGAGGUUGAUGAGUUUUCGGAAUUGAUUUGUGGUUUGUAGCAAUCCGUGUCUACGUUUGCGCAAGUUUUUGAGGUUAGGUUCGUCCAGGGAGUGGUAUUUGUACGUGUUGAUAUUUGUGUUAUAUUUUGUUUUUGGUUUUGUUUUUGUGAAGGGGAAGGGGAGAGGUUAGGGUAUGUUAGGGUGGUGGGGGUGUUGUGGGUUUGUGCUGUUUUAGGGGUUGUUUAUUUGGUGAUUUUCUGGCGGAUGUAAUCCGGAUCGCAUGGUGAGUAAGCGGGGCGGAGUAGGAAGUGAUCGGGACAGUGAGUUUUGAGCGUUUGCAAUUGGGUGGUUUGGAGCCAGAGGACUGGAUGAGCUGAUCCGGAAGGGAAGUGUCCAUCGGCAUUAUAGAAACAAUUGAGAUACUCUGAGAUUAGUAAGAUGCGGAAACGUGAAAGGGAGAAUCCGUGUUUUGUAUGUGGGCAUUACCACAAGUUCGAAGACGGAGAAGUGUGUGGUAUCUGUGGCCAUCGCCUGCAAGAGGCCACAGAGAAAGGCCCUCAGCAAAGUGCAUUUUCCACUGAAAUUCUACCACAGUUUUUGUAUCUGGGUAGCUACGACAAUGCAUCGCGUGCAGAACUCUUGAAAGCUCAAAAUAUCACUCGGAUCCUCAAUACUGUUCCAACAUGCCAGAAUCUUUACAAGAACUCUUUUACGUAUCACUCUCUCAAGGAAGAAAAGACCAUACCAUUUGCGGAAUGUUUAGAAUUUAUUGAACAAGCUAGGGUGGACAAAGCUCGAGUGUUGGUGCAUUGCAUGUCAGGUCAAAACAGAUCUCCUGCUGUAGUUAUCGCUUAUCUGAUGAAACACAAACAAUGGAGAUUGCCUCAAGCAUAUCAGUGGGUGAAGGAUCGAAGACCGUCUAUAAACCUUAGUGAAGCUGUGGCGCAACAACUUCAACAAUUUGAGAUUGAAGUAUUUGGGAAUAAUGUGCCGACCACUCCAAUAUACAAUACACCCGCUGGCGUCACUUUUGGGUUUGGUUACCCAACACCUGUACCAGAACCAAUUGUUCCAACUUUUACACCGCAACCAAUGGCCAAUCCGCUUGGUCAGGCACCAGUGUUUGGUUCCGUCGGCGUGCCCAUAAUGCCGAGUUCUAAUUUUGUGUUCGGAGCAGUCAGACAUGAACCAAGAGCGGCAAUGGAUCAGAGUAUGGAUGGCUCUUGACGCUAUUUUUGCUCGCACACUUGAACGGCCCUUGCCUCGUAUAGAUUGUAUAAUUUGAAAUAGCACUCAUUUGUCUCUGUGCAAUUUGUCUCUGUGCACCUCAAAGAUUGCAUCUUCUUUUUCUUCUCCUCUUCUGAAUGAGAUUGGCAGGUACCUGAUACGUGGUGGAUACGAUAUUAUGCUCGAGCCUUGUCUCUUCUCAAGGCACUAGUACAAUUGUCUUUCGAAACUGAGAAUUCGUGUAACACACUUUCACUUGACUCGAGGAAAUGUUACGACGUCUUCUGUUGUAUUAUGCGAAGAAAUUUGUGGUUAUAUGCCAGUUUCA